GCGAAAGCGAAGGCUGAUCCACCCAUCCUUCCUUUGCCGGAGCAAUGGCUUUGUGCGUCGGCGACGAGAAGGGGCGGACACAGCGAGGAGGGAAGAGCAGCAUCGUGACGGACAGGAGGGGACGGGGAGGGGGAGGGGUCGGCUGCUGCCGCCGGUGUCGGUAUGACGACCCUGAAGCCAACGGAUGGCUGCUGUAUGGGCUGACGAGGGGACCCUGGGUCAUACACGCUGGCGCCAUCCUCUCGCCUGUCAUUCAGGUACACACACACGCACACACUCAGAGAGAGAGAGAGAGGCAGGGGUGGCGCACAGGACAUGUGAGUGGUUGUUGUGUGUUCGUGUGUGUUCAGGUGAUAGCUGAGGGUGCGGCAGACGAGAAUGGUCGGCUGUUCUCCGGCAGUCUGAAAGCCACCUCGCUGCUGGCGGUGGUCAGUACUGUGGGAGCAUUGCUGUCCGCCAUACAGGUACCCGCGAUGACCGACCACUGCAUUCAGUUUUGUGAUGUGUCCAUCCAUCGUGGUUCUUUCGCGUGGGUGUCUGUCUGUCUGGCAGGGUCCCAUCUUCGGUGCCUUCCUUGAUUACACGCCCUACAGAAAACUGGCAUGGCAGUGGUGCUCUUACAUCUUCGGUACACACACACACACACACACACACACAAGAAAAGGCCUGGUCCAUCCAUUGUCACCCCUGAGUCUGUGUUGCGUUGCUGUGUUGCCAUUUAUUUCCUGACUGGCAGGUGUGCUGCUGAUGCUGACAGUGCUGCUCAGCGCCGAGACUUUGGCGCUGUAUCUCGUUCUCGCGCCCAUCACCUCAGUGGCCCUCGACAUGAGCACCACCCCGCACCUGGCCUAUCUCCCUGAGAUAUUCCAGACACAGAAGGCCGUCACCAAGAUCUCCGCUCAGCUGGUGCUCGUCACCAACGGCACGGCGCUGCUCUGGGCGGCCGUCUUUGUCGGCCUCACUCCAAGAAUUGGACUCGGUGAGUGAGGGAGUCAUGGGAGAAGAAAAGACCACACACACACACACACAUGGGCAGAGGGGCUGGCCCUGUGUGUGUCGUGUGCAGAGGGGCUGUGGAACAUGCGUGUGUCUGCGAUUGGGUGUGGGCUGAGCGUCAUACUGUGGAGCUACCUGUCGUUCAAACACAUGGAGGGGCGGCCAGCUGUGCGGGCGCUGAAGCCUGACAAGGGGGAGUACCUAUGGUCCAUUGGCUUCAUCCAGGUGGGCAAUGGUGGUAGGGUGGGCAGUGGGGGGGAGCGGACAACACAGACACACGCAUUAUUUCCGUAUUUCCGUGAUUUAUCGCUCAGACGUACCGGCGUCUGCUGACGGUGUGGAAGGACUACCCCAUGGUGCUGCUGACUCUGUUUGCCUACUCUCUCUACUACGCCACCGUCAUGACCUUCUUCCAGCUCACGGCAACCUUCCUCGUCUUUCAGCUCAAUCUGUCAGCUGAAGAGGUCAGUCAGUCAGCCCCUUUCAAUGACGUCUUUCCACUUGUUCAUUCGCUUCGUUGGCUUUGUGCUCUCAUCUUUGUUAACAGGUCGGUGCCAUGGUGACUUUGGCAAUGGUCGCGUCGCUCGCCGGAGCAGGCCUCGUCAUCGCGCUCCGGAAGCUGGUGCCCCUCAAGGCCUGCCUCAUGUCUAUCCUCUUCUUCCUGGCCCUCCUGACCCUGGUCCCGCCGCUCUUCCUCAGCACAUCCACAGACGGCGCCAAAUUCGGCGGCCAAGUCGGCAGCCCAUGGCCAUACGUCUUUGCGAUCGGGCUGGGGGUGCUCGUGGGCGGGAUCUUCUCGACGUCACGCGCCUUCUUCGCCGUGAUGACGCCUGGCGGCCACGAGGCGGAGUUCUUCGGCCUGUACAUCCUUGCGGGGCAGGUGCUGCAGUGGCUGCCGAGCCUGCUGUUCGUGGCGGUGAAUGAGACCGACCCUGAUGGGAAGGCCAGCACGGGAUACUUCGUCUUGACGCCCUUUUUCAUUAUCAGUGAGGCAGGCGCCAUUGACACACACACACACACAGAGAGAGAGAGAGAGAGAGAUUUCGUCCCCAAGUGUGUUUGUCUGUGUGUGUCAGGUGUGAUUCUGAUCGGUUGCGUGAACAUCCGCAGGGCCGACAGUGACGUGCGCGACACCCUCAGCGAGCGGAGAUACGCGUCCUCCCGCACCAACACCCAGAACAACACACUCGCACACCCAUCACUCAGGAGCAACGUCGACCCCCAUCAUCAUGAUGUCGACAAUGUGUGUGCUCAGCAACCAGGCCAAGGCAGCCAGGGCUGGAUUGACCCUUCUCCUUGGCCCGCUCACCAUUAUGCCUUUCCCCCUCCCUCCCUCCCUCCCUCCGUGUGUGUGUAUGUCUGUGCGCAGGUGAUCCACCUGCCCGUCAUCACCGAGGCCGACAAGCCACCUUCCCCGUCCAAUAGGAGGCCGACCGUGGCAUCCCUGUCAACGGCGGUCUUCUCAGAAGGCCCAGAUCAAGACCCUGAGGCAGGAGAGGACAGCGACGACCGGCCCCCGACGGACCUCUCAUCCCGGAGGACGGCAGCAGAAGCGUCGUGCCCGUCGUCCUCUUCGCCCAACGAGUCGCCAUACAGCGGCCCGAGGGGCGAGGUGGACGUGGUGGCUCCGGGGGAUGUUGCUGUUGGUGUGGGCGUUGAGGUUGAUGUGGAUGUGGAUGUGGAUGUCCUCGCGCAAGGGCAUGUGAGGGGAGGGGGCGGAGGGAGUGUUUAGUUGCGUGUGUGUGGUGGUGGAUGGGAUGGGUCUUGUCAAGGAUGGAUGCCUCGGUCCAGUCGAUGCUUUCAACCAAGGUUGGUCUGUCCAUGGAGGGUUUGUGUUGGUUGGUUGCACGAAGUGCCUGCAUUGCAUGCCAACAUGCACCAUAUCAUUCCUGACGGUUGGCAGGGGCGGCCUUAUUGCUGCGGUUGCUGCGGUCG